UUUGGGAGUUCCUGGGAUUACUGUCCUAGAGGGUAUGAACUGAUAUGCAAAUCAUCAGCUCUUGCCAAUUGGUUUCUUAAAGAUAUCCAGUGUUUGCCAGAACUGGAGCCAAUUCGCUGGUGCUGGAGGAGCUGCCCACAUCUUCAGACUCUUGUUCAACACUUACUACCAGCUGACAGACCGUUGGAGUUAUGCAGAGACCACUUGCAGCUUGCAGAUAGUGGACUUGUUGCUUUAGAUUGGGUAGUGGGCCCAAGACAAAGUUUAAGAAUGAGAAGAGGAACAAAUGCAACCGGCAACCCACCACUGCUCCUGGUCAUUCCUAACCCCUUUGGAAAAUUAACAAGAAACAUUCAGAACCUCUGUUUUCAGGCUCUAGAAAAAGGGUACUACCCUGUCAUAUUUAACAGACGGGGCCAAAAUGAAUGCCCAUUGACAACCCUCAAGCUACAAGAUUUUGGUGAACCAGGAGAUCUGAGAGAAGCAGUUACUUAUAUUCGUUUUAGGCAUCCAAGUUCCUUGCUCUUUGCAGUCAGUGAAGGGCUAGGUUCUGGACUUCUGCUGUCCUAUUUAGGAGAGUGUGGCUCAUCAAGUUAUUUGACAGCCGUAUCCUGCAUUUCUCCAGUGUUUCGUUGCCAAGAGUGGUUUGAGAACAAGCUCCCAUGGCUGUAUGAAUGGGCUCUACUGCUUUAUCAGAAAACUAUUCUCAGCAGAUACUUCACUGUUUUAGGAGAAAUUCUACCAACUGAGAAAUUAUUUGACAGUCAGUCCCUCCAAGAACUACAUGAAAUUUUGCAUUGUGAACGCAAGACUAAAAAGGUUGGUUGGGACGAUUACUGGGAACAAAAUGAUCCGCUCCGUGAUGUGGAUGAAGUUGCUGUCCCUGUCCUGUGCAUCUGUAGCAUGGAUGAUCCUAUCCGAGGUCCACCAGAGUCUACUGUCCCCAUUGAACUUUUCAGAACCAAUCCUUAUUUUCUGCUGCUGUUGACACGUUAUGGAGGCCACUGUGGCUUUCUUACAGAUUCCACUAUAGCUUGGAGUCACGAAGUUACAUUAGACUACUUUAGGUCAGUGACUGAGUUUUUUAAAGCUGAGGAGAAAACCAAAAGGUUGGCCAACCGGAGAUACUCUAACAUGAUGAGCAAGCGCAGAAGACCAACUUUGCAAAGACGGGAUCUUUCUGCUUAUAGGGACCUGGAAGAAGAGAUUUUUAGCUGGAAGAGAUCAUACACCAGAUGA